AUGAGUGACUCAUACAGACGAAGAUUACGCUCAGCACGUCAUAAUGCCACGUCUCAAGUCCAACGUGAGAUAAAACCCGAAGAAGAGGAGCAGGAAGAGCAAGAUGACGAAGCCGUGAACCCUGCCGAAACCGUCGAUCCUGCAGCGGAACGUGCUUUACCCAAUCCUAGAUCGCCACCGAUACCUGUUUCUGAUCAAGACUCUUUCAAUUACGAAUCGCCAUUGGAACCCAUCUUUCCUCCUUCUCCUUAUCGAAAACGACGUUACCAGACCCAAGGCGACAGACUUAUACCCGUCCGCGAGCGAAACUUGACGCGAGAAUUUCAAAUGACAGAAGGCUACUCACCUAGCGGACCACGUCGAUCCAAUACCGAGUCUGACCAGCAUUCUCAACAAGAUCUCGAAACGAGAAGGAUGAGCGCAUACUUCCUUGGCGAAGUGUGCGGCGAUCCCACUGCGGCUGACGAUUUUAUCUAUCCCGAUUCAGGCUCCCGCACACCACGGCGGGUACUACAGUUUAGCACCCAGCGAACUGCAAGCACCGCCGAUUACGCCAGUGUCUUUGACGAUUCACCACGGAUUGUUUCAUCUCUGAGUCCUCGGCAACCGGCUUCACCCGUCAGUGACGUGGGUCGACGCGUGAUGGCUGCACAUCAACAAAGAGCUCGCCAUAUCAGCCAAUCCGCCAUCAAAAUUUUGGACGCGCCUGAAUUACAGGACGAUUUCUACCUGAAUCUCGUUGACUGGGGCUCCAAUGAUACUCUUGCUGUGGGACUUGGCUCGUGUGUCUAUUUGUGGAAUGCCAAUACCAGCCGGGUCACCAAAUUGUGUGAUUUUGUUACCGAUACGGUGACUUCGGUGAACUGGGCGCAGCACGGAACGCAUCUGGCGGUGGCGUCCAAUAAAGGCAAGGUAUUACUGUGGGAUGUCGAAACAUCACGACGCGUCCGUACCUGGGCAAGCCAUACAUCGAGGGUAGGUUCUUUGGCCUGGAGCUCCAAUAUUCUGACUUCUGGUGGUCGUGAUCACAAAAUAUUCCAUCGCGAUGUGCGGUCGCCUGAACCUCAUUUCCGCGAAUUGACGGGCCAUCUCCAAGAAGUGUGUGGCUUAAAGUGGAGUGCCGACGGUAUGAUGCUGGCUUCAGGAGGUAACGACAACAACUUGCUUGUGUGGGAAUCGCACCAGAACAUCAUUAUGCACCGCUUCAAGAAACACUGUGCGGCUGUCAAGGCCAUCGACUGGAGUCCACAUGCUCGAGGCAUGCUUGUCAGCGGUGGAGGAACGGCAGACAAGACCAUCAAAUUCUGGAAUGCCAUCUCUGGUAGCUUGUUGUCUUCUCACGACACGGGGUCCCAGGUGUGCAAUGUGGCAUGGUCCAAAAAGACCAACGAAAUCGUAUCGACCCAUGGUUACGCCAGCAACUCGGUGAGUUCUUCUAAUCAAGUGAUUGUAUGGAAAGCAAACAAGAUGCAACGAGUUGCCACACUUACCGGCCACUCCAGUCGUGUUUUGUACAUGUCCAUGAGUCAUGAUGGAAGCACGAUUGUGACUGGGGCUGGCGAUGAAACUUUGAGGUUUUGGGACGUUUUCUCCACGGUGGAAGUUGUUCGGCGCGAUCCAGAAGACCGUCAAUCGCGUCUGCGAUAA